UAUCCCUGCCGAACCACUUUAAACAGGUAACAUAUGUUCAUGGUUCCACAGGUAAAGCUCCCAGAGCGAGCUUCGAAGUGGUAUAGGUUACACGAGAUUAACAGAGGAAGUUGAUUAACGACAGAAAACUUUUGUUUAUUGUUAAUUGAACAUCUUUAUAAGUUAUAAUCCUUUCACCGUUAAAAAGUUAAAAGUAUAGUUGGAACUUUUUUUUUCAGCAAUUAAAAAAUCGAAAUGCACGUUAAUUAGUAACGCGUCGAGAUAGUAAAAAGGUAUUGUUUAGGGACACUCAGGUACUCAACGCAAACCGUUCAUAUUCGGACAGAGGUGCUCGUGCCAGUCAUUUUGUUUUUAGUUUCAUUUGCCUAAAAAUCGGCAAAUAGACAGAAACAAUUAAAUUCCCGAUUUUUAAAAUUAUGCUUGUUAUCGUCAACGCUGCCUGGAUAUUUUAAGUUAUGUUUGUUUGGGAACAACAAUGUAUGCCCGUCGCUUGGAAGAAAUGCAGGAGACGCCACCAAAUUAUCAAACGCUCUAUGACGACCUGGAGGAAUAUAUAAAAGAAAUGGAAAAUAGGGCUCAAAACAGCAGUGAGAGCGAUGACGUUCAUGCACAACUGACUCAGAAAGAACAAGAUUUAAUUUUGGCUGCUCAGUUAGGGAAGGCUCUCCUUGAGAAAAAUGAAGAACUCAGUUUGAUUAAUGAAAAACUAACAGAAAAUUAUUCAAACAAACUUGAGCUCCUGGAGCAGGAAAAACAUGCGUUGCGGAGGAAGUUGGAUUCUGUGGAAAGAGAGUAUGACAGCCGCGUGGUGGAGCUGCAAGCGGAUAUAGCAGAGCUGAGGAAAGAGCUCGAAGGCCACGAGGUGUCGUUAAAGUCAACAGAGAAGGAAAAAAGUAAAGUUGUCCAGGAACUUCAAGAACAGAACCAUAGAUUGACUCUUGCUCUAAAACAGGCCAACAAGUCAGAGGAACAACUAAGGAACCAAUUGAAAUCACUUCGUCAACAAUUCACUGUCCGAAGCUCGAAUUUCUCCGAUCACAUUUCUCAACUUGAAGGACUUAGGGAAGAAAUCGAUAUUCUGACGGAGAGAAAAUAUGAUCUGGAACGCAGAAUUGAAGACCUUGGGGAAGAGCGUGAGAGCCUCAGUAUGUCCUUAGAAGAAUCUGGUGAUCAUAUAGUCAUGUUGGAUCAUAAAAACAAAGAACAAGAACAAUAUAUUCGAAACCAGAAGAGGGAAAUGGAAGAGCUCAGACAUGCUAAUAUUCAGCUACAAGCUAAAAUAGACUCUAUCCUCCAGAGAUGCAUUUCACCAAACUUCGAACAGACGUCCAUCCACAACGAAAUCGAGAUGUCGUCGCACUCGUCCAUAGAAGAUGAAUUAAAGCCGCUAAAUGGAAGUCAGAACGGUAGGAUUAGACCUCAGACCCAACCAGGGUCAAAUGUUGGUUUCCAUGUGGACCUGGGAGAUGUAGAUAUUGAAAGCGAAAACUCUGAAAUGUUUACUGAAUUUCCAAUUCCAGACGCUAAAGAUGGUUGGAAGUUUCGGCAAGAGCUAGUUGAGAUCUAUAAUCAGAUUAAACUGUUGUGUGAAGACCUGAGGAGAAAACGAGACUGCUUAUCAGCGGAUAGUGGCUUUUCGUCAUCACCAGACGACGUACAGGCACAACACAUGCGCGUUGGGAUGAUAACGGCGGUACUCAAGGAAUUAAGAGCCCUUAUGCAUGAUCUAAUAACCAAUUACAGUGAAAUACCAUGCUCAGCUUGCCAGACAGUUGCUCAGGAGAGGGAUCUGUUGGAAAAAGUUCAAAAGGAACUUAAAGAAAAAACCAAGGAACUGAAAAAGAAAGAAGAAAGCGUGUCUGAACUCACAAAAAAAGUAGCCAUUCAAGAAACAGAUGUAGCCCUUCUAAACGAAGAAAGAAAUCAGCUUCGUGAUGAUAUUAGCAACAGUAAAAUUGCUAAGGAUGAAAUUGUUAAAAAGGCAUGGGAUGUGCGUGAUGGAGCAGUUGCAAGGUAAAAUGCAGUAGAGAUUGAACUUGCCAAAACUAGGAUUGAUAUGAUGCAUAUUAAUAGUCAGCUGAUGGAAGCCGUUCAACAAAAAGUGGAGUUAUCCCAACAAUUAGAACAGUGGCAGGUGGACAUGCAAGCCCUUCUAGACGAGCAACUGAAAGCUAAGCUACAGAAUCAAGAACAAGAAGAUAAGAAAAGACUACAUACUCAUCCUCGUAAAUUUACUAAGAACAGCAAGGGCAAAAUUUUUAAACUUUGGAGGUGACCAUCUGGACUACUGUUUAUCAAGAGUUACACAAAGCUUCCUAAAAGAGAGGUUUUGGAUUUCCUGCUGAUGAGUUACGUAACGUGUAGGGUAUAAUAAAGAGUUAAUGUUCUUCGUGUAUAUAAUGUAUAGUUAAGAUCUUAAAGAACAAAAUAAUAUAAUACAAAAAGGCAGAUUUUACCUUUCAUUUCAAAACUAUUUAUUCCUGCUAUUUCUUAAGAUAGAAGCAUUUGUUUAGAAAUAAAAUAAUUUUCUUAUUUUUGUAUAAGUAUUAUUGAAACCAUUAUGUAAAAAUUAUGUUUUAAUAAUGAAAUAAGUCUAAAAAAAUACAACUUUUUUGUAAUUAACAAUUAUACCAUGGAUGAUAUGUUGAAGUUGUAAGUUUUGAAUUAACGUCUCAUGAUGAUAAAGUACCAUAAGUACAAUUUACUGAAUCUCAUUUUAAGAUUCAUGACCUCAGUUUUAAGGCUUAGUAUCAUAUGUUUUCAGGUUUUCUAUGCAACAUGCACUGUCCAAGGCUCUUUAUAACAAAUGUUUGUAUGUUAAUGGUAUAUCAUAAAUACCAAAGGGACCAAUAAGAUAUUGUUAUUCACUGU